CUUCUCGCCUCGUCCCGUCGUCUUACAGUUGGGAUCGAGCCCAACUCGCUCAAAGCAUAGGGUUUCGCCUGAACCGCCGUCGCCGUCGCCGUGGUCGUCGCCGCCAUGUACAACGGCAUCGGGCUGCAGACGGCGCGCGGGUCCGGCACGAAUGGGCACGUCCAGACCAACAAGUUCUUCAUCCAGCCCCGGACCGGCGGCCCGCCGCCCAAGGCGCCGCUCCACAGCCACGACGACGGCGCCGCCGGGACGCGGAAGCCGAACAAGGAGAUCCUGGAGCACGACCGGAGGCGGCAGGUGGAGCUGCGGCUGGUCGAGCUGAGGGACACCCUCGAGGAGCAGGGCUACACGGAAGGCGAGAUCGAGGAGCGCGUCGAGGAGGCGCGCAAGAAAGCCGAGCUGGAGGCUGCCCGCGGCGGCGCCGGGGGUGCAGCACCGCGUCCGGGCGAAGGGUUCAUGGGUAUGCAGAGCCACCAUGUCGCAGCACGCAAGGAGAAGAAGCUCGAGGCGAUGAGGGCUGCUCUUGGGCUAGAUGCUGAGGUUGGACAGAAGAGGAACGCUCAAGUAGACAGUGGGGAGCUUGUACCUGGGAAGGAUGGGUUCUGAAGAAGAAUGUUGGACAUCGAUGUUCAGAGCAACAGGAGGGCUUUCAAUUAUGGUAACAGGCGUAGAGUAAGGGGAAAAAAGGGAAUGGCAACAGCACAAGUUCUAAGAAGGGUAAGCAUGGGUAUGAUUCAGAAGAUGAUUCUGAGACUGACCAUGAUGAUGAGAAAAGGGGGAAAGAAACACCUGAAGAAAUCCUUCUUAGAUAGAGAUGUUGAUUCUGAGAUUGUUCAUAAGAAGGCAACUAUGUAAGCUAUGUAUAUCUAACCUGUGCUUUUAAUUGUUGGAGAUGAACCUUGCUAAAACUUGGCUUGAUGCUUAUUUCAGAAGGGAGAUUCGAUCA